GCCGCAGCCGGAUUGCAGCCGCAGCAAGCCGCAGCGAACAGCCUCCAAACACCAGAGAUCCCUGGAGGCUGGCAGCAGCGAGGAAUCGAGGAUUAUAGUAGUUAAUCGUACAUGUGCUGCAAAGUCUUUACUGCCCUUGAAAGGUUCCUCGGUCUCGGUCUCACUCUUCUCCCCCGUCGCCGUUGACUACAAGGCACGGCGCUGGAGGUGGUGGCAGCAGCACGCAAAUGGCGGAGCAGCAGGGCUGGAGGCAGCGGCGCUCGCGGAGGACGACGCUGCUUUUGGCGUUCGCGGCGCUGGCCAUGGAGCGCGCCGACGCGGCGCUGCUCCCGGCGGUGUACCGGGAGAUCGGCACCGCGCUGCAGGCAUCGCCCACGGCGCUCGGCUCCAUCGCGCUGUCACGCUCCGUCGUGCAGACCGCCUGUUAUCCGUUAGCGGCGUACCUGGCGGCGCGCCACGAUCGCGUCACCGUCAUCGCGCUCGGCGCGUUCGUGUGGGCGGUGGCGACCUUCCUCAUUGGCUUCUCCACCACCUUCCCACAGAUGGCGGUGACGGCGGCUUUGAACGGUGUCGGGCUGGCGCUGCAGAUCCCCGCGAUCUACGCCUUCGUUGCCGAUUCCGUGGACGGCGCCAGCAGGGGCAUGGCAUUCGGGUGGCUCGCCGUGGCUGGCAAGGCCGGCACCGUGGCUGGCACCUCCCUCGGCCUGCUCAUGGCGCCGACCUCAUUCCUGGGGCUACCGGGCUGGCGGCUCGCCUUCCUCUUGCUUGGCGUCUUGGGGGCCGCGGUCGGCGUGUCCAUUCGCGCGUUCGCCGCGAGCGACGGCGCAGCAAGAGGCCGCGUGGUGGUGAGCCCGGCCACUUCCAAGCCAGUGAGGCAGGAAGUGCAGGAGUUCGUCAGGGAGGCCAAGGCCGUGAUGCGGAUCCCGUCGUUCCAGGUCAUCAUCGCGCAGGGCCUAACCGGGUCGUUCCCCUGGUCGGCGCUGUUGUUCACGGCGAUGUGGCUGGAGCUGGUGGGGUUUUCCCACGGCGAGACGGCAGCGCUCAUGACGCUGUUCAAGGUCGCCACGUCGCUGGGAGCUCUCUUCGGUGGCAAGGUGGGGGACGUCCUCGCCCGGCGGUUCAAGAACUCGGGCCGCAUCGUCCUCUCGCAGAUCAGCUCUGCUUCCGCGAUUCCCCUCUCCGGCAUCCUCCUCCUCGCGCUCCCCAACGACCCGUCCUCCACGCUCAAGCAUGGUGCCGCGCUGUUCAUUUUGGGGAUCAUGGCCUCCUGGAACGGCACAGCUACAAACAGCCCGAUACUCGCGGAGAUCGUCCCGCCGAGGGCAAUGACGACCGUGUUCGCGCUGGACCGGACGUUUGAGGCAGUGCUGGCCUCGUUCGCGCCCCCGGUGGUCGGCCUCCUCGCGGAGCGCCUUUACGGUUACAAGCUAGCCCGAUCUGCAAGUGGCGGCGGCGUAGACGAGCGCACGGCUAUCGACUUCCAGAUGGAGCGGCACAACGCGACGUCCCUCGCCAGGGCGAUAUACACCUCCAUUGCCAUCCCCAUGGCAAUGUGCUGCGCCAUCUACUCGUUCUUGUACUGCACCUACCCCAGGGACAGGGAGAUGGCGCGGGCUGAGGCGGCGCGAAAUAGAGGGGAUUAUGGCGAUGAAGGAUUUGGAUCCGAGGACGAAGACAAUGGCGAGAGGAAGCUGCUGCCGCAGUGAGUCCCUAUGGUCACUGGUCAGGUUCGAAGAGACCGGCGUCCGUUGGGGAGAAGAAUAGACGUGAGACGUUUCAUCUAAAAAAGACUUCUAAUCCGUGGCUUAGUUCAGUAACACCGUUCAGUCUUUUUUAGUAAAAACUUCUCAUACAUUAUUAUCAGUGAGGAACUUUUUAAAAAA